GUAUGGUAGUUGAUAUCGGGUGAGAAGGCGAUGGCUCAGAGCUGAGGCCAAGCGCGGGCGACACAGACGACAAGAGUAGGACGAGCGAUUGUAACAAAAAAGCAUCAGUAUGAAGGAACUGUUGUUCUUGUUAGUUGUCCCGCUUGUGGUGAUCAAGUGCAGCACUCAGUGCGACACAGGAUGGGUGGAGUUGAAUUCCGACUGCUUCUUCUUCCACCAAGAGACCCGCAUGCCUUGGCAGGAUGCAAGAGUAUUCUGUCAGGAUCUCGGAGGAGGUGAUCUGGCCAUCAUUGACCAGCCCAACACGCUCAGGGAGAUCUACAAAUACCUCGUCAAAUACGACCUCCACGAUCCCUUCUGGAUUGGCGGGAGCGACAUCGUGGAGGAAGGAAACUGGACUUGGAUCGACAAUUCUAACAUCGCUCACGGGACGCCAUUCUGGGCCCUUCACAACGGUCUCUUCGGCUGGUCGCACGAGCCCUCUGGUGGCAAUGAGGAGAACUGCCUCGCUCUGGAUGGCGAACGCAAGUUCUAUUUCAACGAUCAUAAUUGUAAUGAUGUCCUCCACCCCAUCUGCAUGAUGGUCUAAAGAAAACAAUCUCUUAGUGAACUGCUGCACGCCAUUUCUAUUAAUGAAUAUUGGAAUGUGAUGCACCGCUAGCUAGCUCUACGCAAAGCCUUCUCCGAAAUGAAUGGAAAUGAAAUCCCU